GGAUCCUCCUGCAGGGCCGCGAUCUGUAUUAAAGCCUAAAUACCUGCGCAGGAACCAAACCAGGAUAAGCUCCUGCUCAGGUGUCGACCGAUAGCCAAUAGGAGCAAAGGCUCCACUCCUCUUCUCUGGGAUGGACUGAUGAACAGGGAAGCUUAGAAAUCCUUCUGCUGGGAAAUAAAACUACAGGAAGAGGCUUUAACCUACUUAAGUGGCUCCAAAGGCCCACCAGAGAAGUCCAGUGUUGUGUCUUACUUAAUGAAGAAACCAGAACUUCUGCUGCAGAAACCCACAGAUAAGGUAAGAUUUCAUUCACUGUUACAGUUUUAACAUGUUGAAGAUCCAGAAGUCGUGAUUAUUUAAGGUUUUUGUGGUGAUUCAGCAUUAAAACAUAGAUUUUUACCUCUGUGGCCUUUAAGCCCUCGCUCCUAUAGGAUGUAAUAUUAUUGUUAAUAUAGUAUCUCAAGAGUAUUAAUGAGCUAAAGACUAGAUACCGAUAUCAGACAUGGGGGCUCGGGUCUGAGACUUGGACCUGAGUCAUGCUGGAGUAAACCGAAGACCACUAACAGGCAUUUCCUUUCAUCAACCCUAACCUAACCCUGGAUGAACUAAAGACGGAGUUUGGAAACACCCAGUCGAGACUGAGAUUUGUCCUGAGGACUUGAUACUUCACUGACACAUUUAAGGGAUAGUCUUGACUUGGACUUGCCCUUAAAAAUGUUUGGACAAACUUGCUCUGAAACUAGACUGGACUUGUCCUCGUAAGUCUUUGGACUACACUUGGACAUUUAAAGAAUGAGGACUUGACUUGGCCUUACCCCAUAAAGACUUAAACAGGUGGCGUAGACUUUUCCAGCCUAGACUCGUGACUUGUUGUUUACAUGUGACCCGGUCCAGCCCCUCAGCUGUCAGACAGAUAGACUCUAGACUACCUCGGUAUUCAGAGAAGUUCAUGGUCGACUCGAUGACUCCAAGGAGCCCAAAUCAUCAUCCCUCCACCACCGUGCUGAUGGCUGGUUUCAGCUGUUAGUGAUGCAGUGCAUUCUGGGUAACAUCUCCACUUUGCUCUUGUUUAUUUAAAGGAUGUAGGACUAGAAGUGCUGUGGUUUGAGUUUACCUAAGCCAAGCAGCCAUGUUGGUUUUAGAGGGAAGAACGUGUUCUCUCGUGACCUUUAACCUGUUGUGAGGUUUCACAACUUAAGUUUUGGAAGUUAGAAAACUCAGAUUAUUUCAUCUCUCCCGAGAGAUAAAAAUAAAAGCAUCACUAAAAUGUAAGCAUUCCUGGAGGAGUGCACGCCAACCACCUGUUGAUGAUCUUAGUUAGCCAAAGCCGCCAUCUUGAAUUAUAGAAACUUCGAAGAUUAGUCAUUCAUGGAUAAACAUCCGAGAAUUUCAGGAGUUUCAUUUAAAUCUGUCCAGUGGUCCGAGUGAUGUGUUAGCAGUCACGUUCACAGGUGAGAACAUGAGGGAUAAAGUGUUUCUAUUGGCUCCUGAAGAGCAGGUAAACAGUCUAAUGUUCCUCUAACCUGGAGCUUUAGAGCUCUCAGAUGGUUGGAGCCCCUCUCAGCCAUUUCCAUUAACACGGAGCUUCUUCAGCUUUGAAGAUUAAAUGUAACGGCACUAAUGAAGCAGCUAACCCCUCAGAGGUACCCACUGAUAUCCUCGCUGCUCUCAGCGACACACUCAUUCACCUCGUAGAUCUGAGUGGAGCCGCAGGUGGGCCGAGCGGUUUGAAGCCAUUAACCGGCGAUGCGGCGAGCGCUGAAGGUUUUGUUUGGUGCAGGAAUAAUCAUGGCUGUAAUGAUGGGGUGAUUCAUGGAUACUGGAGUAAAUGCCGUCUCUAUUACGCUCAGAAGCAGCUGUGACAUUUCUACUUGUCUGGUUGUGAUCCGUGGAGAGGUGGGAGAGCUCUGUGGGGUCUUAGUCAUCAGAUGUUUCUGUUCGGAGCCGUAUUAGAGUCUUGCUGCUUUAACUGCCUGGUGCUUCAUCUACAGGAGUAUCGGCGAAACAUCGGCGCAUAAGAAAAAUCACCCUGCAGCUCUUCAGCUAGCAUUAAUAAGCAGCUGGUCCAGGUUGCACAACGAUAGUUAAAGUUGUGCUCCAAGGAGGACAAAGCUGCAUGCAUGAGCAUAAAAAGGUGACGUCCGCAUAGAAAUGUAUAUGAGAACCGUCGACGGUGUGAACAAUGUUAUUAACAUAGACUCCGACUAGGGCUGGGCUACCACCACCAUGUUUGACUGUCGAGGCAGCGGGACGCUCACCUUCCAGAAUGUUCUGCAGAAUAUUUACCCAGAGGUCUUUGGCGUCCUCAGGAUGCUAUCUGGCCAAUGUGAGACGGGUCUUCAUGUUGUUUUUGGCCUCAGGUUUUGGUUUGGGACACUUCUUUAUUCUACAGAACAUCUGAGUGAAAUCUAACUGUUUUAAUGUAAAAAUGCAACAGAAAAUCAGACAAUUUGAGUAAAACUUUCACAAAAAAUUUAGUUUUUAGUGUCCUGUGAGGGUUGACCUUUGACCCCUGGAGAAACACGUGACCUUGUUCCUGUCAUGAUUGUGUUCUGAUGAAUCCUCCAUGGUUUUCUGGAGUUUUAGUUUCACAUUUGAAGUAAAAAUAUUUAACUUUUACAAACAUGUUGUUUCCUUGAGUGGAUCUGACUAGUUUCAUCUUUCAGCCGUUUUUAUGAAAGUUAUUUAGGUUUUACACGUAUUCGGUGCAUUUUCAUGCAUCACACAUAUUUUUUAGUUCUCGUGAAUUCCCUAAACAUGUUUAUUAUUUUCUGACUGCAGGAUCAUGUUUCUGAUGUGGAUCUUUUUCCUGUUUGCUGCUUCAGCAGCGCUCUCUCCCGCCUCGCUCCUCUGUCCCGACCCUGAGGGCAGCCGCCACGUCAUUGAUUGUCUGGGUCUGCGCUUCACCUGGAUUAACCAUGUCUUCGAUAAUCUCCCAUCACUGCUGAACUUUGUGUGGAAGCUCCGCUGUCUUUCUGGGAUCUGUCCUCGUCAGCUGGAGGACUACGGCUGCUCCUGCAGAUACGUGGAGGCUGGAAACCCCCUGGAUCCUCUGGACCACUGCUGUGCGACUCACCGACGGUGUUACCUCAAGGCUGCCCCCUGUAGGCAGCAUCUGUCUCCUCCACCUGACGACUUCACUUGCACCACAGCGACCUCCAGCUGCGAUGUUGGUGACGCGUGCCGGCGAAGGCUUUGUGAAUGCGACCGAGCCGCCGUUGACUGCAUGACUCGGAGUUCCUACAACUCGAGUCUCAGAGGCAUCUCCGAGUCGUUCUGCUCUGCAGCAAAUCACACAGGUUUGUUCAGCGGCUCCGAGGAGGUCGAUCCGGUCUUCCCAGGAGCAGAUGUUCUCUCAGCAGCAAACGACUCUGCAGGUGUUGUGAUGUCCAACUCCUCCCUGCUGCUGUCGGCAGAACCGGACCUGACAAGAACUUUGGAAAACAGCAGCGACUCUUCUGGGAUGAAUGGUUUGAUCCUCACGGCUCCACCUUAUCAAACCUCCUCCCCAACCCAUCCUGCUCCAUCGCUAGUGUCAGCUCAAGCUCCUGAUGAUGCAAACAUCAGAACAACUCUCAGCAGGCUCCUCCCACCAUCAUUUUCAUCAUCUGAGGAAGAGCGAGAUUUACUGUCACUGAAAACGGAGUCGAUCAGAGAUGAGGAGGGGGAGUCCAGCCAGGAGGAAGGGGAGGAGCCACCACCAGCUUCUCCAGCAGGGAAGAAGUCUCCAGGAAGUGGGGUCACCUCCAUCAGACCACCUCUGUGUGAGGAGGAGGAUGAAGACUCUGACGUGGGACAGAAGGGGACAGAUCCAUCCUUUGUCUUGUCCCCGCUGGAGUCUACAGGUCCGACUGACAUCCAGCAGCCAGAAGACUGUAGCCGCUCUGAUGGGCGGAGCCAGAGGGAGAAGCUGGUGCUCGGAGAGAUGCUGCUCUGUCUGACGGGACGGUGUCCUCACCCAUACGAGGUGUAUGGCUGUUACUGUGGACAGGAGGGUGGUGGGCUGCCUCUGGACCAGCUGGACAGGUGCUGUUUCUUCCAUCGCUGCUGCCUGAGGCAGAUCAGCUCCAUGGGCUGCAGGAGUGAUAGGAAGCUCAGCGCUCACGUUUCCUGUGAGAACAACAGACCACGAUGUCAGGGCGUCUCGCUGUGUGACAAGCUCCAGUGUGUUUGUGACAGAACCACAGCAGAGUGCAUGGCUGCUGCUCCUUUUAACCACAGCCUGCAGCAGCAACAGUGCCGUGGACCAAUGCCACCCUGCCGCUGGGCCAGCAGACCUCUCAGGGCACCUCCCCAGUCCAGUGAGAAGAUCAACCAGCCGAACUCUGGAGCCGUGACUCCACCUGGACCACAUCCAGACAAGACGAGCUCCAGUGAUGGGAGCUCUGAACUUGCUUCCAGUGGGAGUCGCACCAACAACCACCAACCAACCCAAGGUCAAAGGUCAACAGAAGAUGAGGAAGAAGACUGAAGGAUCUUACCCCACAUCUCCGUUUCCUCUCCAGAUCACCAUCAGCAAGGAAAUACCAUGACUCAGC